GCAAGCUGGUUUCUUUCCCCAUCGGCAUCUACAAGGUCCUGCGCAAUGUCACUGACCAGAUCCACCUCAUCACGCUGGCCAACAACGAGCUCAAGUCCCUCACCAGCAAGUUCAUGACCACAUUCUGUCAGCUUCAAGCCCUCAUAGCGCCCGAUAUUUGAGAAGGCUAAGAAAACUGAGACCUAGGUUCGCUUGCUCGGACCCAGCCCUGGAUCCCGCCCCAGACUGGGACGCAGCUUCACCAUGGAGGAGGCAGACCGAAUCCUCAUCCAUUCCCUGCGCCAGGCCGGCGCGGCAGUUCCUCCGGAAGUGCAGACCCUGCGAGCCUUCACUACUGAGCUAGUUGUCGAAGCCGUUGUCUGCUGCCUGCGUGUGAUCAAUCCUGCUGUGGGCUCUGGCCUCAGCCCCCUGCUGCCUCUCGCCAUGUCUGCCCGUUUCCACCUGGCCAUGAGCCUGGCUCAGGCCUGCAUGGACCUGGGCUAUCCUCUGGAGCUUGGCUAUCAGAACUUCCUCUACCCCAGUGAGCCUGACCUCCGGGACCUGCUUCUCUUCUUGGCUGAGCAUCUACCUGCCGAUGCCUGUGAGGACGCAGACCAGCCUGCAGGUGACUCAGCGAUUCUUCUCCGGGCCAUCGGGAGCCACAUUCGGGACCAGCUGGCCCUGCCCUGGGUUCCACCCCUUCUUCGCACUCCUAAGCUGCAGCACCUCCAGGGCUCGGCCCCCCAGAAUCCUUUCCAUGCCAGGACGCUGGUCGUGCCUGAAUUGAGUUCCACAGGAGGGCCCCGGGAGUUCCAGGCAAGUUCCCUGCUACUACCAGCCCCCACGCAGGUGCCUCAGCCUGCUGGGAGGGUGGCCUCGCUCCUCGAAUGCCAUGCCAUCCAGCUAUGCCAGCACACAGCCCGGGACCACCCUGGGGACAAGGCCUGGGUCCACCGGGCAUCCUGCCUCCCCGCACAGGAUAGGCGGGCUCAGCUGCAGCGGCUGCAGAAGCACCUGACUGAGCAUCUGCGUCAGACCUGGGGCCAGCUGGGGACCCCCCAGCAAACCCAGGACGUGGGAGAGCUGCUGCAGGCCUGGGGUGCUGGGACCACAGCUGGUGCUCCCAAGGGCUCCCGCUUCACACAUUCAGAGAAGUUCACCUUCCAUCUGGAGCCCGAGGCCCAGGCAGCCCAGGUGUCAGCUGUGCCAGCCACCUCCCGGUGGCCUGAACCAGACACGUGGGCAGCUCAAGAGCAGGAGCUGGAGGCUCUCCGGGAGCUGCUAAAUGGAGUGAACUUUAAGAUUGAAGAGGUUGCAGCCAACAUGAAGACGCUGGGAAUCGGCCUUGUGCAGAUGGAGACCCGGUGUCGGCAGACGGAGCUCAGCACAGCGGAGAGGGAGCAGGCCCUGCACCUGAAGUGCUGGGCGGUGCAGCUGCUGCCAGACGGGGCUGCCAACCUUGCCAAGCUACAGCUCGUGGUAGAGAGUAGUGCCCAGCGGGUCGUCCACUUGGCGGGCCAGUGGGAAAAGCACCGGGCCCCGCUCCUUGCUGAGUACCGCCACCUCCGAAAGCUCCAGGCUUGCAGAGAGCUGGAAUCUUCUCGGCGGCUGGCAGAGAUCCAGGAGCUGCACCGGAGAGUUCGGGCUGCCGCUGAGGAGGCCCGCAGGGAGGAGGGGAUCUAUAAGCAGCUGGUGUCCGAGCAGGAGAGCCUGCCCAGAGACGUGUCCCGGCCGGCCUAUACCCAGCGCAUCCUGGAGAUUGUGGGUAACGUCCGGAAGCAGAAGGAAGAGAUCACUAAGAUCUUGUCUGGCACAAAGCAGCUUCAGAAGGAAAUCGACUCCCUGUCUGGGAAGCUGGACCGGACAUUUGCGGUGACUGAUGAGCUGGUGUUCAAGGGUGCCAAGAAGGAUGGUGCUGUGCGGAAGGCCUACAAGUACCUGGCUGCCUUGCAUGAGAAUUGCAGCCAGCUCCUCCAGACCAUCGAGGACCUGGGCACCCUCCUGCGGGAGGUCCGAGACCUGGAGGAGCAGAUCGAGACUGAGAUGGGCAAGAAGACCCUCGGCAACUUGGAGAAGAUCCAAGAGGACUUCCGGGCCCUUCGCCAGGAGAACGCUGGCCUCCAUGGGCAGGUCCAUGAGACCUGAGGGGCCCCCGCAGAGGUCUCCCCCACCCCCGGCCUCAGCAGAGAUUUGGAGUGUUGGAGGCGAUGGCCAAGCACUGGCCCUCACUGUUCCCUGUGCUUGCUGUCCAGUCCCUCCUGCUGGGGUGGCUCCUGUCCACCUGACCCCAAUCCUUACCUGGGGUGAGCGGCCAGAGACUGGGAGCUUGGCUGAAGUUUACUGGGGACAGUACUGGGGCUGGGGCCUUGGAUCCCCAAAAAAUGAGGGACUCUGUCAAAAAGAAAGAAAACUGAGACCUCGACCUGGUCCUCGAGGAGCUCCUGGUCUCAGAGGCGUCGGGUGUGUAAGCAGACAACACCUUAUUGGGUGAGGGGUGGCGCAGCCGACGGUUGCUCAGUCCCAUGUUCUUCCCCCACUUCCUGCUUUGCUCCUGCCCACUGCGUUACUUUUCUCUAGCUGCUGGCACUUAGUAGAUGGAAGGGGAGAGAAGGGGUACAGUCCCGGGAAAGCGCGGCGGACAGUGAAGCUUUGCCGCAGGCCAUUGGGCUCUGACACCUUGAUUUUAGUCUGGGACCAGGCAGAUCUGCUCUGAGGGGUUCCCUCAGCACGGCCCGCCACUGAGAUAGCAGGUCUGGGAGAGUCCAUCUCACUGAGUUAUCCACAGGGCAGCUCCCAGUUCCCGACGACCAAGAGUCCCUACCUGAUGCCGAGGUGGUGAUCGGCUGUGACCUUCUGCAUCGGUUUUUGCUGUUGGCCCACAAGGGCAUCUGGGGUUACCUGGCUGACCUCAGUGGGGAAAAGGCCAAGCUGUUCGUGACCCCUGCAUGUGUGCUUGCAGACAGUGGUUCAGCCCUCCCCAGCAGAGAGCUAAAGGAACCCAAGUGCCAUGGCCUUCAGCUUACUUUGUAUAGAAUCCAGAAAUAGGACUACCAAGGCCAGCGGGCGAGAGCAUUUUAAGAGAGCAUGGUAUACACCAUGACGUCAUCGAGCACUGACCUGACCCUGAGCCCGGGGCCCACCAGGUGCAGAGCAGCCUUGUCUGUGGUCAGGCUGAACCAGGCCCCACAAGAUGAGAGGCUGGGUCGUUUGGUGUGUAAAGCACAGACACCGAGUUCGAGUCCAGUUCUGGAGUGUGACGUCUCCCACAUCCUCUGUAGAUUCGUGCUCCGUGCUGAUCUUGGCUCUCUGACCCUCGGCUGCAGUUAGGUGCAGCCUUUGGGGAGCCCCAGCAGGAGAGCAGAGGGA